AGUUUCAAAAACUGUUUUGGAAUCAUCUUCUUUUUUUUUUUUACCUCUCUAAAACAAAACACAUGUGGGUUGUUAUCUUAUACUAGAAAUUGAAUAGUUUGAAGAUCCCAAGUAUUCUAAUAUCCUUUAAACAUUAUAUGGAAAUUGAAGUCCUAGCUAAAACAUGAUUGUUGAAUGGCCUGUGCUUAUGAAUGGUACUUUUUAUUAAGCAUAGACAUUCUUUUCACAACUUUUUUAUACCUAUUUUAUAAUGUCAGUUGUAGCAAAUGUUUUGCAAAAUUUAUUUGUUUUCUGCAAGUCAACCAAUUGUUGCUAUGAUCAACUGUAGCCCACGGUGGAUAAAAUCAUAGCCUACUCCCUGAGUAUAAUUUGGAAAUGUUGGGAUAGCUUUUCAUCAUUUUGUAGCAGCUCUAGCUAACAUUAAUUGUUAAAUGGCCUCUGCUUAUCUACGCAACUGUUGAUUAAGCAUAGACAUUCUUUCCGUAUCUUGCAUUCUCAUUUUUAAUUUCAGCUGUAGCAGUUCUGUAUUUUCCCCUCUAAACAUAUGUAUUGGUGCGUUUCUGCUAGUUAAGUAUAGUGGAUUAAAGUCAUAAUUUGCUUCAGUGGAUUAAUUUGCAGAUAUUGUUGGAAUAGAGUUUUUGAUCAUUUUAUUCUGGCAUGACAAUAUUCAUUAUAAAAGAAACUGAAGUUGGCUAUCCGUUUGCAGUCUUGACAAAGACCCGUAAACCUUCCAAGUUCUCUUUGGUCUGGACACUCCAUGGUGCACAGUUAUCAAAGAAUGAUGGUGAUUCAUUGCAUCAUGGGAAGGUCUUGCCUCAUUUGUUUCCCCGGAAAAGAGCUACGUACUGGAGAAGUUUCUUGGCAAAACCAUCUUCAAUUUCAAAUCGUAGUUCCUUAUCCUCAAUUGGCAGGAAACUGCUAUUGUUGAGAAAGAGGAAUACAGUUUACACAAGGUCAAAACAUGGAUUUUCACUUAAAAAAUCCAAGGUAUUAAGUUUUGGUGGGUCUAGUUUAAAUCCAUUGAAAGGUACUCAAAGAAAGCUAAUGAGGAAGCUACCUUGGCUGUUGCUGCGGUAGAGAGGAAGAACAGAGAACGGAGAGGUGCUGCCCAUGUUGAGUAGAAACA